CUAGGGUUCCAAUGAGGAAAGGAAAAAACCAAAAAAAGGGAAAAGAAAGAGAAGCAGCGCAGACAUAGAUCGACAGUGAUGGAGGCGCGCAGCACGACGACCUUGGCUGAGCACGGUGGAGAGCGUUCACGGCCGACGAACCCGAAGCCGGCGGUGUUCGAAGAGGAGGAAACAGAAACGGGACCUCUGCUGCAGAACAGAAACAAAGGGGAGGGGGAGAAUGACAGAUGCAGACGGCAGAAAAGGAGCAUGGUGAUGGGGAAGGACGGUGGCGCCGGCUUCGAGGAAGAGUGAUUGACAAUGGUGGUGACUAGCAGAGGCGAUGAUGGGCUGGUUCGAUGGGAGGAAGAAGGAAAAAAACAGAGCAGAUGCAGAGGAGGGGUGAACGUGAUCUGCGGCGUGGUGAGGAGAAGGAGAUUGCGAGCGGUGGCAGCCAAGCAUCUCCGGCAGCGUGGGGACUCUGAUAGUGGCAGCGAGGUAUUUCCGGAGAGCUGCCGGAGGAAGGAGAGGAAGAGACAACGACGAGAUGGUGCUAAGGCAGAGUGUGAGACCAGAGAUUGGGGUUCUGUUAUCGUGACUGUGAAUUGUGGUGUGAAUGGGUUUUGGCCGCACUCUCUGGAUCGGCGAUUUGCAGUAUUGGAUGGAUGAGAAUUACCUCUACACCUGCUUCGCUCACACCGACGAGGUGACGACUGUGAAGGUUACCUGUUGCAAACAUGAAUAUCAUAUGCAUUGCAUUCUUGAAUGGUCUCAAAGAAGCAAGGAAUGUCCAAUAUGUUGGCAAUCACUUGCUUUGAAAGACCCUGCCAGGAAAUCGAUUGUGCAUUUAGGGUUUCAAAAUGGGGGGCUGCGUUUUAUGUGCUUCUUGCCUCAAGUCUGGGAUUAUACAAGUUUCGGAUAUGUUAUAUAUGAUGCAAGAGAUGUAAAUAAAGACUUUCUUGGAUUUCAAAAAUCCAAUACCACUGUGAUGAAUGUGGCAUCUGUAGUUGUAGCCGUUUUGUAUUAUCCUCUCUUUGUCGCGUUCAAUGACUCAAUUGGAGAGCUGGCUGGAAAAAGUGGACACAGUUUAGAGAUUCAGGUUGUGAGAAUUGUCAAUUCUUUAAGAUGGAAGAAGAUCAUGAGCGGAUUGUGGAUUGCACUACCCCCAAUUUUAAUGGGAUUAUUUCAGUCAUGGAUACAAGUCGGAGCUGGGCUGCGCGUUGGUUGCAAAUUGUUUGUUUGGAUGGUAGUCCACCAGCUUACCAUUUUGAUAAGGGAUAUGGAGCAGGGAUUAACAGUUGGUUAGUUGCUUUUGAGGUGCAAGUUGUUUUGCUGCUUUUGGGAGGACGUGAUUUGCAGGUUAUGUCUACAGUUGAAGUACCACUUGACCAAAGUAGCAAGGUAAUGAAGAUAUUUGCUUAACAAUAGCAGGUUGAAAACAUGAAUUGCAUUUUUAUCCUUGCGUUUGUGCAUUGGCUACUGCAAUAUCUAGAGGGUGGAUGGUAAUCCAAAGCAUUCAAACCUUUCACGAAGAAUAGCUUCCAUCUCAAGAGCCUUGCUCUUUCCUUUGUCCACUUCUCUUGCAGCUACCUAAAUUUGUGAGAUUCUUGCUAUUUUAUUGUUUAAAAUAGGAAGUCCCAACUCAAACUGUGGUUAUGUGUGUCCAGAAGUCUCAGAGUUAAUGGACCCAACUUUUCUGGUCCUGCUCUGCAGAUGUUAUCUUUGACAAACAGGAUUCCAUAUUCAGGUAAAUAUUAGCACAUUGUUUGUUACUCCAUUAAGCCUUUUCACUUUUAAGUAUUUGAUGCUUCUUGCUGUUAGUGCCUUCAUUUUAUUGAUCAUAAGUUUAUUCAUAUCUUUAUGUUUUGAAGAGUGAAACACUGAAAUGAUAUGGCAGUGUUGAUGUGCCUAGGGAGUGGCAUUUAGAAGAAGUUUUAUGAUUCUGAAUUCCAUAAGUGCCAUGGUUACUUGAUGAUGAACAAUUACUCUACUCCUAAAAUUAUGGAAGAACAAGUUGAGUGUCUUGGGCGGUGUACUAAUAUGAAUUUCAUAACUAUCUUAUAUCAAAGACGAAAAACGAGGGCUUCAAGUGAGAUCAAAAGAAGGAAAGUGGAUAGUCAUGUGUCCAUUUGAGAAUUUUAUUGCUCAACAAGGAAAAUUCUUUCACAUAAGGCCAAUGUAUUAGGAUUGAGCAAGCAUAUCUCUUAAACUAAUAGGAUUGAUUAAAAAAUAAUGGGGUAGUUAGAAGUCUUAGAAAUUGGAAUCUCUUACAAUUUUAUUUUAUACAUGAUCUUUGCUGACUCAGCUAUAUGUAGUUAGUGUCAAAUAGAGCUAGAUUUUCUGGAGCCUCUAUGAACAUUUCUAUGUUCUUAGAACAUGCCCACUGCUGCCAUUAUUCAAACUCAACUAACUGCAUUUCCUAACCUAAUUGGUGAUCAGUUUUGGGACUUAUAUAUAUCUUUUUGUUUUGUAGGACUUGCUAAGUCAGGCUUCUGCCUUCCGAUCUACAUGCAUUGCAGUUGUAGAUGCUUAUAAGCUUAUAUUGUGAAAUAGGAGGCUUCUUAUAAUGCCCAUGAUAUAGUUGAUUAUGUCAUGACCUCCCAUUGUUUUAUAAACACCCUCUAAGCAAAGGUCUAUUUGUAUGAUUCUGAAAUAGCUUUCUUUCUCGGUUAGCAUUGAUUGUAUUGUGCUAUGGCCUAUGUAAUUUUGUUAGCUUUAAGUUACAAGUUAGAAAAUGAACAACUGCAAUUGCAGCUUAAGUUUUUGUAUGUUAAUUAAUGUUGUAUAUAGAAGCCAUGUUGUAUUGAUAGAUUCGAAAUCAGAAAAUGUUUAGCCGAAA